AUCACUGUCACCGGCCAUCUUGUAUUUUCUACUUUGUCACAAAACAUAACCUCACAUAUAACAAUAACUACUUAGUAUUUGAGUAAUAAAUAUAAAAUUAAUUACUCAGUUUUUUUUUUUAUCAAUAACUGAGACCUGGGUAUUGGGACUUCUAGUUCUAGAUAAUUAACAUGGAUCCUAAGCAGCAAAUUUCCGAGUGGUUAAACGAGAUAGUAGUGAGUCAAAAUGACACAAUAAAAGUAGAAAAUCUCAUUAAAGUUCAAGAAUAUUUGCUUCACAAAGAUCCCCAGCUCACAAGUAGUUUCGGUGAACUCUUGUCAUUUUGUUCAGACCCAAAUAAGGAUGUGAGGAAGCUAGUUGCUGGUUUUAUCGAACAAGCUGGCGAUAAGUAUCCAGAUAAAAUUCCUGAAUUGCUGACACCCCUGAUCCUCCUACUCAGUGACACAGUACCAGCAGUUUUAAAACGUUCAACCCGUACUAGCAUUCGCAUACUAAAAUCAGCGUUAAAAUGGAUCGCCAGGUCAUCAGUGACACCAGAAAUGGAAACCGCUUGGAAUAAACUGAGUACCGUAAAAACCCAGAUCAUGAAAAUGAUCGACAGCGACAACGAGGGAAUACGUACGCAGGCGAUUAAAUUUCUUGAAACCCUCGUGCUGCUGCAGACGCACCCAGGCCCUGAGAUACCGAAAAAUCCAGGUGAUUUUUCACUAGAAGACGUGCCGCUGACUCUUAAAAUACUCAGGCAUCGCAAGCUUGAGGAAGAAGCCAAUCAGGUGAUGGAUUCGCUGAUUAAAUAUUAUAAUUCCUCGCACAUAACCAGCGUUAAUUUGAUAACUUGCAUGGGAACAAUCGUCCGAAUAGCGAAAAUGCGCCCGCAAUUUAUCAACCGGGUCAUCCAGGAGCUAAAGCGCUUGCAGGGCAGCCUGCCGCCAACGUUGUCUUCAUGGCAGAUCCUCAGCGUGAAGAAACAGUUGGAAAAGUCACUGCAGGAGUUGAGGAAUCAUCCAGCUCGUGUUAGAAUCAAGCAGGAGCCAGUAGACGACCUGAAUUAUGCAGCCAAGCGUCAACUGGAGACACCAGCAAGCAGCUCAACGAAGCGCACGAAAUUCGAAACUUCUCCAGCGAUUGAGUUGUCUGAUAGUUUUAUAGUCCAACGUCUAACAGUUGAUGUUGCUAUCAAACUAGUGAUCGAAGGAAUGAACCGAGUUCCGGACGAAAUGACUGGAGAUAAAUUUUUACAAAAAUAUCCUGACUUUUCUGUCCCACGUGAUCUAUUGUCUCAACGUGGUGUCAUUGCUCGCUUGCUGCAAGCGCAAUUGAGACAAACCGACCCUAAAAAAAAUUAUGAUCCUCCUAGAAAAAUUAAAUUACCAAAAAACGGGUCAGGAAAAAUUAACGAUUCACAAAAAAAAUCAAAACUACCAAAAGCUGAUGAUGAUUUUGUAAUGCGAGACUCAAAUCAAGAGCCAAUGGACCCUUCUAUUAAAAUAAAACGGGAGAAUGAUUAUCAACUAGACAUUAAUAUUCCACCGCUUUCGAAAGUCGCCAAGCAGAAAUUGCUAAUGAUGGGAAUUGACAGGAUCAUCAGUUCCGAAAACUCGCUUCCGUAUGGAGUUUUAUCAGAUCGAUCUAAAAUAUUACUAAUAUCAGCGACACUAAAUUCCGAAAUAAAAAAACUUCUACUGCUAUACAUUUCUGAGGACUUGGGGACAAGACUAGAUCUGGCGGUUGGUUUGCUGUAUGAAGAGUACGCUCUGGACCAGGGAUUCAAAAGACGGGUUUCAAUAAAUAGCAGGCCGAAAGAAGCGCCAUUGCAAGCUUACAAUACUCUGCUGUGUACUUUGGUGGCUCUGGUAAAUUCCCACAAAGAUUGUGAUUCAUUAUCAGCACGUCUGUACUUGGAAGUUCCUCUGAUAACGGAAGAAAUGGUGGACUCGUUGAAGAUCAUCUGCGACAAACGCGCUAAUAGUUCUCUUUACUUAUUGAAAGACUUGAUCUCCCUAAGGCCUACUAAGAAAUUACAAUUCCUUAAUAUUCUUCUCUUCCACACGGGACACCAGCAAUCGACUAUCAGCGAGCCUGCCAUCAGAAUCGUUGUCGAGCUCUGCGACCGCGAAGAUCUCAGUAAAUUAAUUUCCGAGUACGCGGUGUUGUAUUUAGGAUUCCUGCAGCUUGAAGCUCCGCCGGAAGUUCUCUUUGGGCGGGACCGCGGGCGGGAAGUAGAAACACAAUGGUCUGAAUCAACAGUACGAGUUUGUCUAGGUCUCUAUCAAGCUUUGCUGCAAAUAAACAAGGGUUUGAUUCAUCAGCUAGCGCGUAUUUACACUUCCAUGAAGCCCAAUGUUAAAAGAUUUGUUAUUAAAUUAAUAGAAAGUUCAAUACGUUCAUUCGGAAUCGAUUCUCCUGAGGUAUUGAGCCUCGUGGAAAACUGUCCCAGAGGUUCAGAAACUCUGGUAACACGCAUUGUUCAUAUAUUAACUGAAAAAGAAGUGCCAGGUCUUGAAUUAGUCUCCUGUGUUCGCAAAAUAUAUGAAACCCGUUCCUUGGACGUGCGUUUUUUGAUUCCUGUGUUGAAUGGACUGACGAAACAAGAAGUCAUUGCCAUCUUACCCAAGCUUAUCAAGCUGAACUCAUUGGUCGUAAGAGAAAUUAUCAACCGGCUGUCAUUCGCAGCCAAUAGGGACAUGGAUCAAUCACGGAAUUCGCCACUGACUCCUGCCGACCUGAUGAUCGCUCUGCAUAAUUUAAAACCUAGUGAAGUUGAUCUCAAGACUCUGGUCGCUGGUACCGGGUUAUGUUUCGCUGAAAAAGAAAUUUUUACCCAAGAGAUACUGGCGAUUGUCAUAAAUCGGCUGGCCGAUCAGACUCCCUUGCCGAUUUUACUGAUGCGCACUGUAAUGCAGGCUUUGAUUGUCCACCCGCAGCUCAGUGAGUUCGUUUUGAAUAUUCUGCAGCGGCUCGUUUUGAAAAAAAUAUGGACCAACUCGAAGCUCUUUGAAGGAUUCGCUAAAUGCUGCUGUCGUCUCCAGCCGCAGAGCUUCGCGGUUAUUCGACAAUUACCUCAAUGUCAGAUUGAUAAUUUGUUUGAAAUCGUACCUGAAUUAAAAAAUAAUUAUUUUUGUUAUUUAAAGCCAAAGAUUGAGCUCCUUGAUGAUCAUGAAAAUGACAAUUAUGAUAAUACUGAUAAUGAUGAUAAUAAUAAUAACAAAAAUAAUAAUACUGCUAAUUUAUUAGAAAUUAUUUAAUCAUUUUUUUUAUCAAAAUUUAAUUACUUAUUUUUGUUUAAUUAUUAAAUUUUUUUUUUUUUUUUUUCAAUAAAAUAAUUUUUUUAUACUGAAAUUAG